AUGUUGCAUCUCGCACAUCCAGGAAUGACUGAUCCAUGGGAGCGGCAGUUAUAUGGCCAAUGCCCCGCGAAGCUUGGUCGACAUCGACAAGACCGGAUUCUAUCCUGUAAGUGGUCAGCAAGGGACAUGGAUGCAAGUUUGACGUAUGCAGCGCUUACAAGGUUGCGGGACGGUUGUAACUUAGGAGUCUCUCAUGCGAGGCCUGUACACGAUAGAACCCGCAACGAGGUGACACCUAUGCUUAUCCUCCAUCUAUACGAUAUGCAGGAGAUCAUGUUUCGAUUCCACAUGCGGAUGCAUAGGAUAUCUUGGAGAUGUUGGAUAUUUUUUAGCCACCUCUGGCGUUGA